AUGCACUGCACCCAGAGGUCACACACUCAGUUAAUGAGGAGGACCCCACAGAGGGAGGAGGAGGAGCAGCCCACAGAGAGAGGAGGACCUCACAGAGAGGAGAAGGACCUCACAGAGAGGAGGAGGACCCCACAGAGAGGAGGAGGACCCCACAGAGAGGAGGAGGGCCUCACAGAGAGGAGGAGGGCCUCACAGAGAGGAGGAGGGCCUCACAGAGAGGAGGCGGGCCUCACAGAGAGGAGGAGGACCUCACAGAGAGGAGGAGGACCCCACAGAGAGGAGGGCCUCACAGAGAGGAGGAGGACCCCACAGAGAGGAGGGCCUCACAGAGAGGAGGAGGACCCCACAGAGAGGAGGGCCUCACAGAGAGGAGGAGGACCUCACAGAGAGGAGGAGGACCCCACAGAGAGGAGGGCCUCACAGAGAGGAGGAGGACCUCACAGCGGGUCAGUGAGUAUUUUGAGAACCAUGGGAGGUUGA